GAGAGAGGGGUCUCUCACAACACAAACCCUCGCUGGUAGAAAGUUGGGGCGCCGUCGCAUCGGUUUGAAUAUUACAGGAAAACUGCAGCAAGAGGGUCAUGAAAGAGGAUAAAGAGAACGCCAGGCCGAGGGAGCAGAUUGAGGACGCCAGCUAUGACGAGACCGAAAAGUGUGGGAAGCCCAGCAAAGACAAGAAAGAGAUCCUGACCAAGAUUGUUAUCCGACGCCUUCCUCCCAGUUUGACGAAAGAGCAGCUGGAGGAGCAGCUGGAGCCCCUCCCCGAGGUGGAUUAUGUGGAGUUUUUUGCCAAUGACACAAGCCUGUAUCCACAUCUGUUUUCCAGGGCCUAUAUCAAUUUCAAAAACCAAGAAGACAUUGUUUUGUUUAGAGAUCGAUUUGAUGGCUAUGUAUUCAUUGAUAACAGAGGCCAGGAGUACCCAGCUGUUGUGGAGUUUGCACCUUUUCAGAAAAUUGCCAAAAAGAAGAGCAAAAAGAAGGAUGCCAAAGCUGGAACGAUUGAAGAAGACCCAGACUAUAAGAAGUUCUUGGACAUCUACAAUGGAGAUGAAGAAAAAUUAACUUCUACUCCAGAAACUCUCCUUGAAGAAAUAGAGGCCAAAACCAAAGAACUAGAAGCUGCAAAGAAAACUACUCCACUUCUGGACUUUCUGAAAAACAAACAGAGAGUAAGGGAGGAGAAGAGAGAGGAGAGGAGGAGGAGGGAGCUGGAAAGGAAGAGGCUUCGGGAUGAGGACCGCAGGAAAUGGAGGGAGGAGGACCGGAGGAAACGCAAAGAGACUGAAAAGCACAGAAAAGGAGGCGAGAAAUCUAAAGAAGAGCCAAAAAUUAAGCUCUUGAGGAAGCCAGAAAAAGGAGAUGAUCUUGACUCGGACAAAGUUAAAGAGAAACCAAAGAAACUGGAAAAGGAGAGGAUAAAGGAUGACAAGCCCUUUACAGGGGCUGAGCUGAAGAAACGUCAGGAGAGUGCACACCGGGAUGAAAAAGGAAGGAAGAUAGAAGAGGAAAGCCGAAAAGAUUAUAGAGACAGAGACUUUGAGCGAGACAGAGAAAGGGACCGGGACAGAGAGAGGGAGAAGGAAAGAGAGAGACGUCAGAGGGAGAAGGAACGGAUGAGGCGCCAGGACGAGGAGCGGCGCCGGAGGAGGGAUCGACACGACCCUGAAAACACGUACAGGAGACGAGACGAGGAAGUAAAGAAAGAGAAAGACCGCGUGUGGGAGAAGAAGAAAAGCGACAGUGCUGCGGACUCCACGUGCAACACAGACAAGCCUGAAAGAUCAGCCAGGGAGGAGAAGAAGGAUGGGCCUAGCAAGAGGGACCGUUUGAGAAACAAGGAUCGGCCAGCCAUACAGCUGUACCAGCCUGGAGCACGAAACCGCGGCCGCGUACCUGCCAGUGCAGAGUCUCCGGGUGAAGAGCAGACACCUGAAGGGGAGCCCAAGACCCCUCAAGAGAAAGGAGAAGAAUGACAGCAAAGAUGAGGAGGGAGGUUCCCUGACAUCAAGGCAGCCUGGCAACAGAGCAUGCGCUGCAGUAGUGCCUGGCAUCAUCUGCUCCUUACUUCUUUCCAGUGUUUGGUGGGGGAAACAGACAGUGCUGUUGAGUAAACCAGGGAAGCCUCCCUGUCAGUGCUGAACUGCCGGGGCAGUAUGAGAAGCCAAAGCAUGCAGGGACCAAGCGAACCUGAAGUGACCUUAAUGAGGCACAGAGAAUAUAGAUUCAACAGUGCGGUUCUUAUUUGAGUAGGCAAAACAGGCUUUGCAUCCUUUAUUGGUUUGCAAGAACAGAGCCCAUGUAGGAUACUGUAAGAAUAAAGCUUCCUACACCUGCUUAGUUUAUCACCUUUAGUUGCAUUUUUCUUAGUCUCCACUUACUUUGCAUUUAGUGUUUGAUCAGUACCUGAAACUUAUGUUCAGAAUAAGCCUGGCUAAUGCAACUUCUCUACCUGUGGCCUUACCCAUUUCCUCAUCUCUUAAAGAGUGUGGUUUUUCCCAUCACGAGACUUUUUAAAGCAAAACUGCUGUCUGGAAAAUAAAUAGGAUUGAAUUCAUUCAUACAUAUUUAAGCAAUUGCAUAUUUAAAUCCAUUCGUCAAUUCAAGCGUGUUCAUUUUUACACAUUGAAGCUUUGAAGAUCAAAAACAAUGCUGUAUACUAAACACAUUCUUUUUGCAUUGCUGAAUACACAAGUAUACAGUUGUUUAAUACAAAAGGAGUUUUCAUGCUGACCAAUGCACCAUCAGUUCUUAUUUAGUGCCCAGCAUGACCCAUCUCCUCAAACUCCAUCUACAGCGUGACACUGGAUUUAUCACUACUGUUAUUUACAGUUUAGAAGGUGUAAACCAUUCAUGUAAUCCUGGAAUGUGGUGUUUUGUUAUUUCCCACAUGUGUGCUUGAGCUCUGUGUACAACUGUAAGUCUUGUCUAAGCCAUUUUAAUAAAACUGUUCAGCAAACAA